AUGAAUGCAAACAUUGCCGUAGGAGAUCACCGAGAUCUCCUAGAUAUCAUCGAUAAGCUUCGCUUGCAGGGAGUCAGUCAUUAUAUUGACCUUCCCGAAAUUAUUGUCUGUGGAGAUCAGUCUGCAGGGAAGAGCUCUGUCCUCGAGGCCGUCUCAGGAAUGAAGUUCCCAAUCAAGGACGGCCUUUGUACGCGUUUCGCCACGGAGUUGGUUCUUCGUCGGGGCCCCAACAUAAUUACCAAUGUAUCCAUUACUCCUGGUGAAAGCCGGUUUGGCGACGACAAAGAACGCCUUGAAAAUUGGAAGCCAACAACUAGCAUCAACGGAGAGGAUCUAGGCGCCGUGACGAAGGAGGCAGAGGCUAUGAUGGCCAUCCAAACCGGCACAGGGGAAUUCUACGAAGAUACACUCCGUGUCGAGCUCAUCGGACCAGAGAAGCCACACCUAACAAUGGUGGACCUUCCUGGUCUCUUCAGAGGGGGGAACAAGAAUCAAUCUGACGCCGAUAUCAGCAUUGUUCACCAUAUGGUGGAGAAGUAUAUGGCACGAGAGCGGAGUAUCAUCCUCACUGUCGUGUCAGCCAAGUACGAGUAUGUUCUGCAAGAAGUCACUCGGAUGGCCCAGAAAGCCGACCCUGAAGGCUUGAGGACCAUGGGCAUUAUCACAAAGCCUGACACAUUGGAUGUUGGCUCUGAGUCUGAAGACUACUUUGUGCGCCUCGCCCAGAACAUUGAAGAAAAGCUCGACCUUGGAUGGCAUGUUUUGAAAAACCGCAGUUACGACGAGCGUGAUUUCACAUUGGCACAGAGGAACGAAAAAGAGAAAGAGUUUUUCUCUCAAGGAUUAUGGGGUUCCACUGAGCCUUCACACUGCGGAGCAGGGUCCUUAAUGGUCAGACUUAGUAACGUCUUGAGGAACCAAAUUCUUGUUGAGCUUCCGAGUCUUGAAAAGGAUGUUGAACAUGGUAUUCUCAACUGCGUUGAGAGACUCGAACGUCUGGGCCCGGAACGAGGUACCCCACAGCAGCAACGAAGCUACCUUUUGCGUGUGAGUGAAAAUUACACACUUUUGAUGAGGCAGGCAGUCGAUGGUAUUUACACUGAUCGUUUCUUCGGCAACCGGAACGAUCAAGGUAGUUUUAACAAAAGACUAAGAGCUCUGGUGCGGUCGAGACUUGACGACUUCGCAGAGGAAAUGCGAGUCGACGGUCAGAGCCACCGUAUCGUCGAUUCAGCGAGCGGAAGUGAAGACGAAGGCCCUGACAACUCCCGCGCCGGAGUAACAAGCAUCCCUCGGUCUGAAUUUAUUGGCAACGUUGCUCGCCGUCUCAAAUUCAACAGAGGUCGCGAGCUUCCAGGUCUCUUCAAUCCUCAGAUCGUUAAUGAUCUUUUCGUCGAGCAAUGCACGCCCUGGGAGGGGAUUGUCAAGAGACUUGCUGAUGACAUGCUCGAGAUAGUGCACUUGACGACUGAAAAGGUAGUUGAGCAAAGUGCCGCGAGGGAAGUCUCCGAGGGGGUCUUGAAACUCAUUCGUAAAGAAGUAGAGGGGCUGAGAAUCAAAAUGAGCGGCGAGAUUGACAAACUGCUUUUAUCAGCUAUGCAACAUCUUAUUACGAAUAACCCGGACCUUGUCCAGAACGUCCAGCAGAUCCAGGAAGACCGACACAAACGCAUGAUCAAGUCACUGAUUGCCAAGAUGUUUGGAACAAACCGUUUCGACGGCUCUGACAAAAAGAUCAGUAUAAAUCCGCUUGAACUCUUAACAUUGGCAGGGCGGGGAUUUGAGCCAAACAUGGAACGCUUCGGAAGCGCAUUGGCAGUAGAUUACAUGAAGGCGUUCUAUAAGGUUGCAGUCAACAGGUUCAUCGAUGAUAUAGGCGCCCUAGCGAUCGAAAACUGCCUUAUUAGCAAGCUUCCCUCGCUUUUCACUUCAAGCAGUGUCGCUGAGAUGUGUGACGAAACGUUACGACUCCUUGCAGGCGAAAGUUAUGAAUUAUCCGCCGAGAGAAAACGCCUAGAGGUGAAACAGGGGAUUCUAGAGAAAGGAUUACAGGAUCUCAAGAGCCUCUACAAACACAGCACGGUCGUCGGUAGCAAAGGGUACCACGCCCUGUUAUCCGAAGAUCUUGAGAAGGUGCCAGCCAUCACACAGAGCAAAUCUGAAAAAGGAUCAUCUACUCCCGAUAGGGGGAGGGCAGCCUCUGAAGUCUUUGUCGAGGAAGUCCCCAUUAGUCAGGAACAACGCCCUGAACUUCGAGCAGAUCACAUUAAGUGGCCAGAUCAAGAUGGCGCGAAGGACUUCUGGUCACCUCCUGCGAUGAGGAAGUACGUGACGGACACCCUGGGUGAGGGACAUCGAUGGGGCAACUGA